AUGUUUAACAUACUUAAUGAUGAUUCCACCUAUGCCAGGAUUUCUAAGAAUGAAGUUAACACAGCUUACAUGAGAAUUGACAACUUCCUUUCAGAUGCUUUAUUUCAGGGUAUUAUUAAUACAAGAGAUUUCAAAUUUUUGACAGUGGAGAUACCGGUGACACCUCAGAUCUUAGGGAUUCCAAAGAUCCAUAAAGACCCACAAAAUCCACCAUUCAGGCCAAUUGUAGCAGCAAGGGGAUCAAAAACUGAAACCCUUGCAGCAUGGGUCGACAAAUGGGCCUCAGACCAGGAAGAGCGUAUAUUUCCUGUGUGGUUUUGGACUGAGCGAGAAAAAGCUGUCAUCUUUAGAUGCACAUAUUUCUCUCCCUCCUCAGUUAGUCUGCAGUUCCUCUCUUGCAGAAGAGUGAGAAAAGACGUAUUAAAUACUUUGAAAAGACUUGUUGAAAGUGCCGAGCCAAUUAUUUUGGAAAGUGUCUCCAGAAGCAGAAUGUUUCUUUUAGCCUUGCUCCUCAUAUUUAUCCAGGCCAGAACAGUAGAUGCCAUGGCAGAACCUGAGAUUUGCUACGUCCUUGAUGCCAUCCUCUUCCUCUACGGCAUUGUGUUGACUGUACUAUACUGCCGACUCAAGCUACAGGCAAGAAAGCAAGCAGCAUCUCGUGAAUCCAACUAUGAGAAAGUUGAUAGAGCAGCAGCUGGAGACGGCAUAUACACAGGUCUUUCUCCUCGGCAACAAGAAACAUAUGAGACGCUGGAGAUGCAUAAAAAGUAAUCAUGGAAAAAGCGAAGGCUUUGAAGAUGGAGUACUGAAAGAUCAUCCAGAAAUCCAUUGCACCAAAUUUCUUUGCUCAUAAAGUUUUAUUUCCCUGCUAUGUUACCAAAGAAAACAGGGAGUUUAUUCAUGUAGAACUGCUUUCAUGUAUUUCCUUUUAUGCAUGACAUGCAUACCAUGUUCAUAUUUCUUGUAAAAUAUAUUGUCUAUUCAAAGUGAAUCCUGUCGAUGAGAUUACAGGAUACUAUCAUUUCUUCAGUUUACAGAAUUUCUACUCAUGAAUGAUUCCUUCUAUUUAUAGUUUGCUUAGUGAUGACGUCUUUUCUUAAGAUUUUUACUUCAUGUUUUUCAUGCCAUAUGCAGGAAGUAAUUGUUCCACAUCAUUUCCAAAUAAUGUGAUCACAAAAUUUACACCCCGAGCCACCACAAUGGCAACAUUUCUACUGUUCAAUAAGUCUACUGAACAGGUUGCAUAUUGUCACCCUUUCCUCUGUAAGAUCUCAUUUUCACACUGACCACUCAUGCUAAAGCUAAAAGGCUCUGAUUGCUUCUUUUAUCCUGUGAGUAUUAUAUCCCACAGUAUCCACUGACAGAGUAUCAGAGGCAACCCCCCACACCAUUUCUAAGAGUCUUCACACUAGUGAAACUGUAGGCAUUGAUGCCAUCCAGCUCAAGGACAGUUUAUUAUAUGUCAUGUAUAAGGCAGGAAGUCCUUAACUGGAUGUGGGAACUCAAACCAAAGGCAGAAUUUACAGUAGCAGUUCAUGUUACUGUAGGCAUUUGGUAACUUAUGACUUGAGUCUUUGUGUGUCACAAAGACCAUAUCGUCUUGACUUGCAAAAAGCCAUUUUAGACUUGCAUGAGAUUACUUUUAACAGACUAGCACUAACAAGUUUAGUCCUUAUGACGUAUGGCUGGCCUCAAAAGUUCCAUCUGUUAAUACUUUCCCAGAUGAAGCCAAACAUCAUUCAGUGAAUGCUAGUCACUAUAGAACUUAUACAGCCCUGGAAGCAACCAGCCAAGAGUGUUCUGUAUUCUCUGAUCUAAAGACUUAAACAGGAUGGCAUUAAAGAUUAGAUCAUAGGCAAGAUGACAUACUUUAGCAGAGGGAAUGUAAAACUGAAAUGUAGUUCCCUGCGACUGGGUAAGUAAGUAUAACUGCAACACAAACUGCCAUUUUAUACUUGCUUGAGAUUACUUUUAACAGACUAGCACUAACAAGUUCAGUCCUUAUGACAUAUGGCUGGCCUCAAAAGUUCCAUCUAUUAAUACUUUCUCAGAUGAAGCCAAACAUCAUUCAGUGAACGCUAGUCACUAUAGAACUUAUACAGGCCUAUAUCAUAUAUAUCAUCUAUAUCAAACAAAGCUCCUCAUUAGCACUCUUCAAGAAAAAUCUUGAUGAUUGGAUGUGAAAUAGGAAAUUCACCAUGGGGAUCACCUCUGUGGCUCUGCUCGACAGGGGCACAGGACAAUAAUUUUCUUGGGUGGUGAAAGCCAGGGUACCUUUUUGGCUAGGCUUGUAUAGGCUCUAGGGCCGAUAGCCUAGUACCUACCUAUGAACCUAUGAACUGCUCUACUGAAUACUAUAAUGUUAUGAGAUAAUUUUAGCAAGACAUACUGAUUUCUUUAAGAAAGUGACACAUAUUAGAAAGAGUAAAGUGAGAUUUUAUUGAAAUUAUGUAUAACUGUAGUGAUUUUUAAACAUUAAUUUCCAAAUAUUGGCAUAGGAUGCACUUUAAAUGUAUUCUUUUUGCUGUACAUUUAAAACAAUCUGCUUGAAACUCUGACCACAGUGUUUUUCAAUCCAUCUCAGUGCUUGACUUUCUAACCUAACCCUCCAUGACCCUGCUGUUCCCCCAUCCAGGAAACAGGAGGUCGCAGUAGAGGUGAAGACUCGAAGGAUGAGUGGUCAUUGUUUGUGGAGGACAGGAUUUUUCUCUCCCCCUCUCUCUUUUCCCUCUUGUGGCUUAUAAACAUGUUGUAAUGUUGGAUUUCUGGCCUCAAUAUUCAAAUGCAUGUUUCCACACAGAAAAUGAUGCAUUCUUUGACAGGUGCACUUCUUUUCUUUGUGUAUCCCUGUGCUCAAACAUGGCUCUUAUUCCUCUACUAGGUAUUACUCAGGCUGUUAAUAUUCAGCCCUUCAACCAUCACCUCCCACAUCCUCAGGUGGUCAAGCCAACAUCAGCUUUCACUCCUGCCCCAUCUUGGCCAGCUUUUCCAGCACCCAGACACAUAGGCCUAGUAUUUAAAGCUGGGUUGCUGGGGCUGUAGUCAGGACUCCAUUUCUCUGUGCACACAAUCUGCACUGACUUCAAUUUUUCAUUGCAAAUUUACAGGCUACAACUGUAAACAGACUUAAUAAAUGAGAUCACCUGGUGAAAAACAAGUACUAGGUGUUAUAAAUGACAACUCCCAGAUGGAUGGAACACUUUGAACUUUCUAAUUAAAUAAAUUAGCUAAACCAUUAUGCUUUUAAAAUGCUUACAACUAAAAGGGUAAGUUGAACCUUAAGCACACUGAGAGAAAGGAACUUGUCCUUAUGGAUAAAAACAACUGAAAGAAAAAUAAUCUUUGCCAUUUUGUGCAAAUCAGUGAGCUUCAUAAAAAAAGUCAUCAUGAGGAUUUGCCUUGACUAUACGAUAUGUUAUAAGCACACACAUAAAAGUUAAGAGUCAGACAUCUUCAUGUUCCAUAUCUUGUCUUCCUCUGGGGGUGUCACCUUUGGAAGAGGUAAAAACUGAGUAGACGCCACAACCUUUCCUCCACCACUUUGAUCCACCCACUUUGAGAAGUAAAUAUAAACUGCUUAUAAGUUCAUAGCUUUAUACUUGAGUAAUGACCACUACCAUCUUUAUGAGUCUAGCCGGGCAACCUAACCCAGUUUUGUCCCAGAGUUCUUUGCAUGCUUAUAUGGUAGGGUAUGUUAAUAAAGAGGUAGCUAAGGGUUAUGUGAUGGGGGUGUGCUAGUUGGGGGUUUGUUUAUUUACUGUCAACCUAUGUCCAUCAGAGACAUGAAAGCCAGACCAGGAGCGAAUUUGUGAUUUCUCAUCAGUGAUCAAGGUUUCCUUUGAAUAGAUCAGGGAUGAACUUUGAACUCUGCUUUGUUAUCAAAGGUACUUAUGCUAGCAAUGACUUUGCAGAAACAGAAAAAUAAUGUGCUUAAAUAAUGCAGCAGUUAAUCGAUAUGUAAACAUUUUGGAUGUUAAAAGUUAUUUUAUAGUAUUCUUUUUGUUUUAUUAGCAAAUGUAUUUGCUGAAAACAUUACACUUGAUAAAUAUGAAGGUCUAAAAAUCAUACUGAGGUAUUGAGGACAAUAAGAAGAAUAAAUAUAAUUGUUGGAUUGUU